GCCUCUCUCCCGUCCGCGCCGCCUCUCUCCCUUCCGCGCCGCCCAAUCUUGCGCCGCCCCUCUCCCGUGCUGCUCGGGCGCACGUCGCCAAGUGCUCGGUUGCCACGCCUCGCGCAGCUGCAACGGCCACGCUCCAGCAUGGCACUGCCGUCGGCCUCCAACGUCGUCCUCGCUCUGAUCCAAGGCGGCGGCUCACUCCCCUGCCGCUACAUUUAAGAUCUGCUUGUGGAGGUGCUUCUGACCACGAAUCUGUAGCAAGAGGGGCCUAGAGGUGCCCGUGACGGAGGCUAGGUGGAGGAGAAACACAGCAAGAGAGUCGAAGUAGCCCGCAGCAAAGGAGCCAGAGCUGCCUGUAGCAUCGACUCAGAUUCUGCUACUUCCACCUCAAAGGGAUGACUAUAUAGCAGGGGUUAAGAGGGCUACACAGGAUCAUGAAGAACAUCAAGAGGAUGGGGAUCACGAAGAACAUGAGGAUAUGGAGGAGGUGGAACAAGGGCAAGGGCCAGAACAUGAGCAAGAGUUGAAUGCAAAGGUGUUGUAUGAUGUGUCGGGUGCUAUGACCAGCCAUGGACGCUUUGCUAUAGGAUAUGGCGCUGUUAGGGCAGCUGAUGUCAGAGCAGCUGCAAAGGAGAAUAAUGUGACUCAAUCAAAUCCAGUAUCAAUGCAAAUGUUGGCCCGACAAAAUGCAGAACUACGGCGAGAAAAUACCAGGCUACAAAAAGAGAAUGAUAGUGUGACGCAACAAGGCAAAGUUGCUAUAGAUCUGACAGUGGCACUUUAUCGGCGCUUUGGACUCGGACAUGAAAUUCCAGAGGCAUCCUUACGAUUUGCAUCAGCAGCAGCAGCGCAAGGAAUUGCCACUGGUGCUUCUCAUGUUGGCUCGGAGUCAACUAAUGAUGACAAUGCCGUGGAUGGCCACGAUGAAGACAAUCUCAAUAACACAUAUGAAGCUGCAUUGGAAACAGAGAACUGCCAUAGUGGACACCAUGCUUGAAGGUAGGAUGCGUUUGUCGUAGUGGCUGUUGCUAGUUGCCACUUCUAACCUUUAGAUAGUAAAGGUGCAGCUAAGAAGUUGAUGCCAGCUUUUGGGAAAGACUAAUCAACUAGUGGAUGCUUUUGUGACCUAUGGACAUCUUAAUUAUGUAGUUGUAGAUGCAAGAGCUAUGGACAUCUUAAUUAUGUAGUUGUGGAUGCAUUUUGUGGUUGUUGAUGCCAAUUGUGGGCUUCUAAUCUAAGUGUAUGGAUUCUGUUAAUGGCUGUUGAUGCCAACUUUGGGCAUAUAAUCUAAGUGUAUGGCUUCUGGA